UCUCUCUCGCAUUGGGAAGAGGAAGAUGAAAAACGCGAGUGACAUCUCGGCUUUUGCUCUUGGCCAGACUAAAGAGAUUUUCAGUAAUGCAUAUAGAAGAGCCAUGUACCUAGAGCAGUGGUGAGCACAGUUCCGAGGAUAUCAGUGGCUGUUACACUCGGUGGCUGUUGAAUUCAUGGUCCGAUCCAUCUCUAGAGACAACUUUUUAAGCCUUCUACCCAUUCGUACGAAAUGAGAGCAGCCAUCAUGGAUUGCGUAUACUAAACAAUCCUCUCCUUUCUUUGUUGAGUGACCUUUUCUCGUGUUCUCUUAAUCAUUAGCAAUGGCUGAUAACAAAAGAGCAGCUUCCAAGCGGCAAAGAAGCAAAAGAGAUGACGUUGAAGCAUCAAGUAUUAUUCGCCGCAUAUCUCGUAGAAGUCAAGGAAUGCCACCAGAAUUGAGUGAUGGCCUCAUUGAUAAAAUUGACGCAAGGGAAUUAUCGAAAAAGUCUUCUACUUGUGAGGAGUUUUCGUGUGAUGGUAUGGUUAAAACAAUAAGAAGUUUGAGAAGACAUGAUCCGCUACUGGAUACAACACUUACUGAUCGGCAAGUUGAUCUGGAAAGUUUGGAGUUGAACCCCAACGGAAGAACACAAAUGGUGAAAGGUGCCAUUUCAGAUGUGAAGUUUCUUCCCGCAGCGAAUAUGAAAGUAAUAUUUGUAGGCGAUGAGCUUGGCUAUUUGGGGCUAUGGAAUGUGGAUUUUGAAGAGGAGAACGGGGACAAUGGAAUUUAUCUGUAUCAACCUCACCAGUCCAAAAUAUCUGGAAUUUUAAUUGAGCCAUUCUCCAUGUUGAAGAUAUUUACUUCAAGUUAUGAUCAACGUAUUAUGUUGCUGGAUGUUGAAAAGGAGGCUUUCGAAGAGGUAUAUAAGGAUACUUAUGCAAUAUAUUCCAUAUGUCAUCGAGUACAGGACAUAAACUGUUUAUAUUUUGGUGACGAAGUUGGAGCGCUAAAAAUAUUUGAUGUAAGAGCUAGCACACUAUCUUCAUUAUGGGAAUUGCACGAAGAGAGAAUCAAUACGAUACAUUGCAAGCCAGAUGAUCCUAAUAUUGUAGUUACAAGCUCUGCAGACAGGACUUUCUCUUUGUGGGACUUGAGAAGUAUUAGCAGAGAUCAACCAAAAUCAUUGACAACUAUUAGACAUGGUGGUCCAAUUCAUUCCGCGUACUUUUCACCUUCUGGGAGUUUUCUUGCAACAACAAGCUCGGACAAUACUAUUGGUAUAUUUGGAGGAGAAAACUAUAAGGAGAAGUUCCUGAUACACCACAACAACCUAAGUGGUGAAUAUAUUUCCACAUUAAGAGGAAUCUGGGGCUGGGAUGACUCAUAUGUCUACAUUGGCAAGAUUCAGGAAAAGCAGAAGCACAAAAGAAAAGAAAAUCUCAAAAAUGAUGACAAAAAUGGAGUCGAUGACAUUUCUAGUGUUGAUGAUGACAAAAAUGGAGUCGAUAUCAUUUCUACUGUUGAGAAGAAGGUUGUGCGUACUUUGCAAAGUGAUUAUAUGCCUACUGUUCCAUACCGUUUGGCUGCUCAUCCUUUUAUGGUUGGAACACUUGCUGGUGCCACAGGCAAAGGUAAAGUAUAUAUGUGGGUAGAAGCAGCAGCCGAUCCAGCAUCAUGAGUUUAUGCUUUCCAAAGUCUAAAAAGGCAAUUUACUUAUGUAGAUUUCUUAACUCAAAUACAUGUUUUGGUCAAAACUAUUUGGUCAAACUAUUUGGUUCGCUGAAAUCGCCUCUAAAUAGAAGCAUGACACUUCGAUUAUGUUUUCUUAAGGACAAUGUAUAUGUUUCUAUUUUGAGAUAUGCUCCGGUGAAGUAGCGGAUGACAUGUAUAGUAUAAAUAUGGAAUUGUUU